AUUACUGGCUCAGUUAAUUAAUUUGGGACGUUUUUGGUUUAAUCAAGUUGAAUUUUUCUUUACUGGAAUCGAGUGAAAAAUUAAGCAAAUCAACUUUAAUCACAGUUGGCUAUAGCCAAAAACGUCCCAAAAUAGUCGCCUGUUUAAAAUCAGAAAGUCGAGUGGCUAGAUUGUUUUAGUUAACAAAAUUCAUUUUCAGUUGAUUUUAGCUAUUUAGUCAGUCAAUUUUUUUCCAUACGGGUUGAACGUUUUUAUCUCUUAUUCGCUUUGAUUGCAGAAGUUUCGAAAUUUUGUGUAUAAAAUAAGCAAUAAUCUGUUGCAAUACUCUAAAGCCUUUUCUACUUUCACCGUGUCAAAAAGGCCAAUUUUUAGCAGAAAUCGUCCGUUAAGACACCACAAGAAAAAAAUAAAAUUUAAAAUAAAAGUUUUACAUUGAAAUAUGUCGGUUGAUAAUUUAACAGCAGUAUUGUAUGGAAUCGAAGAUCUUCGAUUGGAGCAGCGUCCAUUGCCCGAAAUUGCUGACGACCAAGUGUUAUUACGAAUGGAUUCCGUUGGAAUUUGUGGUUCCGAUGUUCAUUACUUGGUCGAUGGUCGUAUCGGUGAUUUUAUUGUAAAAAAUCCAAUGAUCAUUGGUCAUGAAUCGUCCGGUGUGGUACAUAAAAUCGGCAAAUCGGUGACAAAUUUAAAAGUUGGUGAUCGAGUGGCAAUCGAACCAGGUGUACCGUGUCGUUAUUGUAGCGAUUGCAAAGAAGGUCGUUAUAAUUUGUGUGCGCAUGUUAUUUUCUGUGCAACACCACCGCACGACGGAAAUCUUACACGAUACUAUGCACAUGCGGCCGAUUUUUGUUAUAAGCUUCCCGGCCAUGUCAGUAUGGAAGAGGGUGCAUUAAUGGAACCAUUGUCCGUUGGUAUUCAUGCUUGUCGCCGUGGAAAUGUGGGAUUUGGUAAAAAUGUGCUAAUUCUUGGCGCAGGUCCAAUUGGAUUAUCAGCGUUAAUUGCGGCCAAAUCAAUGUCAGCCGAAAAUAUCAUCAUCACUGAUAUUAUUGCGGAUCGGCUGAAAUUGGCCAAAGAAUUGGGUGCUGCACAUACAUUACUUGUGAAAAACGAUGAGCAUGAAGAUGAUUUAGUAAAAAAAGUGCAUGAGAAACUCGGUUGCGCACCAGAUAUAUCAAUCGAUUGCAACGGACGACAAGCAAGCACUCGAUUGGGCAUAAAAGCCACAAAAUCCGGUGGUUGUGUGGUUAUUGUUGGUAAUGGACCACCAGAGGUUACUGUACCUUUAAUUGCCGGUUCGACUCGCGAGGUUGAUAUUAUUGGCGUAUUUAGGUAUUGUAACGAAUAUCAAUAUGCAUUGGAAAUGGUGUCAAACGGUAAAAUCGAUGUCAAAAAAUUAAUAACACAUCAUUUUGAUAUUAGUGAAACGAAAGAAGCGUUUGAUACAGCACGCUAUAAUCGUGAUGGAGCCAUUAAAGUUAUGAUUCAUUGCACUCCACGCAAUGAAAAUAAUCCAAAACCAUUUUAAGUUCAUAAUUUUUUUUGCGUUUUAUUUGCCAAAUUUCAUUUUUGAAAUCAAUAAUCAAUAAGUUGGCUGAUGAUUCUUUUAUCAGUUUUGUUUUUGUUCCAUUUAACAAUUGUUAAUCUGCCAAAACGAUGUAUACAUUUACUCUAGUUGCUUCAACUGUACACAAAAAUUUGACUAUAAAUGAAUAGAUAAUAAAUUUCAGUUCACUUUCAA